UCGGUGCUGAAGUUGGGCGGAUGGACGGAAAACACCGCUGAUGGAGAUAAAACGGCAGCAUGCAAUCUCAACGCGCGAUACCCCCGAUAUCCGCAUAAACGCGUGUAACGACACCCUUUUAGAAGACUGACACCUAGAACAAAAGGGAUGUCUAAUCCUGGCCCUUGACUCAAGGAAAGGGUGUGCCUGCAAACAGGUGUUCGAAACCUACCUCCAUCCACCUCCUGUUUUCUCCAUCAGGCAUGAUAAGAGAAGAUACAAGAGGCCACAGUUUGUAUUCCAGCACUCUGCCCGUCGCAAAUUUUGACAUUACCGCCAUGAUUUUCUUACCUGAUCUCUGGAUGGAUAGCUGCUAAUUUGCAUGCCUCAGAGUGUGAGUGGAGUUGAAAUGAGGAAAAGGCAGCAGGGACACAUUGAAGGACCCCCACAGGCGCCUGGUCACCCGAGGCCUAACACCUGCUGUCUGUGCUGGUGUGGAUGCUGCAAAUGCCUUUGGAAUGAAGACAGAAGGGAACGUUCAGAAAGGCAAACUUGUACAAAGAUGGACAGCAUAGAAGCAACAGAGGAACCGCAUCCCACACUGGAUGAAGUGAUUGCCUGGUCACGGAGCUUUGAGAUGGUGAUGCGCUCUCCAGAGGGGAGGGAUGUUUUCCGGGAGUUCCUGCGGUCUGAGUACAGCGAGGAAAACCUGAUGUUCUGGAUCGCCUGUGAGGAACUGAAGAAAGAAUCCAACCCAUCAGCUAUCGAUGAAAAAGCCAGGAUUAUUUAUGAGGACUAUGUCUCCAUUCUUUCACCAAAAGAGGUCAGCUUGGAUUCACGGGUGCGGGAAUGCAUCAACCAAAGCCUGGCAGAACCCAACAGUAUGAUGUAUGAGGAGGCCCAGCUCCAGAUCUACACCCUCAUGCACAGAGACUCCUUCCCACGAUUCCUCAACUCAUCUGUUUACAGGGAUCUCCUUAACAGCAAGAGAGCCUGCUUAGACACCUAGCUUUCAGCAAGAACACUUGAGAUAAAAAAAGCCCCAAGGUGCCACUUUUUAAAGGUGUGAUGUUUCUUAUUUGAAGAGUGAGUGGUUAAGCAAUUCUGAGCAUCCACUAGUGACCCUGAAGUUCAGUUCUGUUUAAGUGCCAAUAUGAGCUGCUCAGGCAACUGUGACACAGACAAACAUGUAGGAAAACAGACCGAUCCAUACUUCCUACUCUCAACUUGUCUUUUCAUCCACCUGUUUUGUCUCUCUUUAAUCCUCAAAGCCUUUCUCUUCUCUCUUCUUGUUUACCUCACUAUCACCUGUUCUUUUUCUCUCUUAUUCCCAUAUUCUUGCUACCUGAUCCUUUCCAUCUUUUAUGCCUCACGUGUUUGAGGACAGCUGAAUAAUGUUUUUUUAUGGAAAAACAAGAAAAACAAAUGGAAACGCUGUAGAUGUUAAGCUACAAUACUCAAUCUUUGCAUGACACAAGGUUAUGGAAUUUACAACAGUUUGACAAUUAAGCCCGGACUGCAAUGUUUUUUUAAUUAAAAAAUGUUUUAUAUGCUGUCAUGGGGAUACAACAUUGUAAAGCUCUCGUAAGCGAAGGGAAAAUUAGCUGUGCCAAUUGUUUUUUUUAAAGAGAAGCUGGAAAGUGUAAUCACCGUCUUGACAUCCAUACUCUCUUUUUUUUUUAUUUAUUUUUUUUUAUUGCGAGUUGACAGUUCUUUAACUGGGAAACAUAAGGGCUAGCUAGUAGUGUUGUGAUUGGGCAGCUAAAUGAAUCAUGAACAUUUCUUUCUCUCUGCAAAAAUCACAAUGCCUCGACACUGAAUAAGGGCACAAAAGCUGCUGAUGCUGGUGACAACACAUUUUAUUGUGUGAGUUGUCCUAGCCCCUCCCAGUCCAUUACUAACCGAGAGAAGCACAGGUACUGUAUGUCAUGGGCUGGAAGCUUCGCUGAAUUGAAAAAGAAUUGAUUGAAAAUAACUCACCAACGUUCUGGAGGUUCUUAAAAGAACUUAGAUUGUCUUACACAUUAAAGAAAUUUGUUGUAUUAAAGAAAAGUGUAGUGAACACUAUGCUUUGUUUUUCAGAGUUACACUAGCUCUACUUAAAAUAACUGUGAUAAUGAGAACUGCUCAUCGAUACAUUUUUCUCAGAGGUGGCGUUACGGUUUGGUGUAAAAUGUCUUUGCGGACUGAUUUGUGUCGACACAAGAUGAUUGGAUCCAUCAGCAAGGCUUUUGAGGAAAAGUUUUCUCUGCCUCCGAUUUGAAAUGAACGUCCAUGUUUUGUUUUGUGACUUUGCCAUUUUAAUGUUGCUAAAAUACAGAGCAGUCUUAGUCAUUUUCAGACUCAGACAAACUGCAGGUUUUCAAAAAGAAAGUAAAUCGUUUUAUAAUACGUAUUCCAGCAUGUGUUUAUUUUGUUGUGUCAUGUACACAUUGCAAUACUCAACCCAAAUAUGAUGUGAACCACUGUGGCUAGCAUCAUGUUAAAGACACUAUGAGGAUGAUUUGCUUUAGAGGUUUAGAUUUGUGUCCCUUAAGAAUGACAGCUUUUUCAGCUCCGUGUUGUUGGAUUCAAACUUGAAUGUUGCUGUUAAAUUUUCUAGACAUUUUUGUGCUAUUGCAAUUGCAGCAGCCAGUGCAUGGUAACACAAUAUUUUAAAUACUGGUGUGUUAAACCACUAUCUUACCUUUUAGCCGAGUAAUUCAAGAGUGAAUUGCAUUUAAACAGACUUUUUUUUGGUCACCAUACCCAACCUCAAAAUGUCACUUUUCCCCUGAAAUAUUGUGCCAAUGAAUUAACAUUUGUUGAGUAAAUACUGAUCAAGUGUGUUGUUGUCGGGUUUUCUUAUUGGUGCUCUGAGAGUUAAGUGCCAUUCACUCUGCAGGUUAACCAGAUUAAAAGGAAGACCUUUGUCACUUUGCCAGGUGCAUAGAUAUUCUUCUUUUGAAAUAUCCGUGUAUUAGAGCAUCAGCCAAUGUAGGUCCUUGAAUAAUGUUGUUAUACAAUUAGAAUAGGUGUUACCUAGUAGUUUACAAGACUUAAGCAGCGAACCAUCAUGGGAAGCUUGGUUUUCCCACAUUUCUAAAACAAAUUAAUGACGUUUUCUUGUUUGUUUUAAAAGAAAAAAAAAAUAAUGUCAUUAAAGAAAUGAGCAAUAAAUUAUUAUCUUCUUGCUCUAAAACAGAAAGACCCUGCAUGACACAUGGACAAAAUAAGUAUCUCCAUGAAAAUGGAAAGUGAUGUGUUUAUACAUUUUUCUACAACUAUUUCAAACAGUACAUGACAGAAAUCUGUACGGUCCAACAUUCUGCGAACCGUUUGACAGGGAAAAGUGGUUUAGCUGAACUAAUGUGUUUUUACGAUUUUUAUGGGUCACUUAAAAGCAGAUAUGUAUCAGUUUUGUUUAAAAUGUUUUAACAAUGGAGAUAAUCAUGAUUUGUUUAUCUUAAAUGAUGAGUUCAGAAAUGUUUAACUGUACCUCUAAGGUAUCUUUCAAAAAGUCCUUUCUCAAAAUUGACUAAUAAUUGAGGCACAAAAGACAAGGAAAUUAGUCCAGUAUUAUACUAUCUUUCGUUGCAGGCAAUUGUCAGUGUUGUGGGAUCAUACUUAGAUAAUACUGUAAACAUAUCAUAAACCAAGUCAUAAAACUAUUAUAUAUGAUUCCAUGAGUUGGUGAUAUUUAGCUACUGCCACAAAGUAUUUAUAUAACAAAGAAUGUUUAAAAUGCAUCUAUUGGUCAAUGGAACGUUUACCAGACAAAAGAUCUUAUAUUUAAUCUUUUUGCUUUGACAUCUUGCACCGUUUUGAGUGUGAUUCUGUAAUUUAAGUUCAGAACAUUAAAAUGAUUACAGAUUAGCCUAUACAAAAACAGUCAAUGUUAAAUUUUGUCCCAUUUAGAAAUAACCAUUAUCGUGUGAGUAGUUACCUAUUUUAAAUGACAUUUUCUUCAUUUUUGCUGCUAAUGAUCCAUCAGACUUUAGGAGAGAGUUUAGGAGUUUUCACUUGAUGGCUGUCACAGUGAUCAGCGAACAGCUGUUAUAGGAGCAUUGUCUGCAUGGACAGUGUCUCCUUUUUGAAGACUUUUUCGUUGGUUUUCCACUACCUCUCGUUUUUCUCAUCUAGUUGUUAAUAUUAAAUGUUUAUUUUGAUCUACUUGAAGCCUAAUACUGUAAAUGAGAUGUACGCAGGUAUACUGAGGGUUUAUGACGAGAAGCAAUUUCUUUUGUUUGUUUGUUGAAUUCUUUUCAGCAGAAUUAUGAUAUAUACUUACAAAGAAUUCAGGAAACAUACUAUUUAAGGGCUAAUCCCAUAUUGCCUAUGCAAAUAUCGUAAUUGUCAUAUUGGAAUAAUUAGUGAUUGGGUGGAACACUGGUUAACAUUGCCCUUUUCUGAUAUUCCUAAGACUAAGUCACUAAGUAUGUCAUAUAUAUAAAAUCCUUCUUGAAAAAAGCUACUCAAUUAAGAUUGAAAUACAUUUGUGUUGUGUCCAUUGUGGGUGCGUUUUGACAUCUUGAUAGGUUGACAGUUCACUAUUGAUGUAAAAUGCAUAUACUGAAUGUAAGGUACUGUGCAUGCUAAAAUCUAUUUGUGCAAGUGAUUCAUCUUUAAAUGAUGGGAAAACUCCGGCCGCACAGUGCAUGGUGCAGUAACUGAAUUAUUUUUGGAUGAAGCCAGUGUCUAUUAUUGUUUUGAAGGGUGCUUCAUUCUUUUUUCAAAGGUUGAAAGGCUACUUUGGGCACUUUAAACAUGCUUUCCAAGAACAAGAAUAUCUACCUCUUGGUUCUGUUAUUUCCAUAUGCUUAAAAUAGAAGAUUCAGCCUUGGAAAAACAUUGUAGCUUGCAAACAUCUUUUGUUUAGACUGUCAGUAUGGAGCCACAGAGGUGUUCUGGCAGAUGCUUUUUAGGGCUUUGCCUUGUUGACAACAAGACUGAAUUUUAGCUCAACCUCAGAUUAAACGUUCAUUAUUAAGUUAUUUUGCUUUUCUCUCUGUUUAUACAAAGGAUUGACUUGUGCCCAAGCAAAGAUAAUGGGCAACAUUUACUCAGCAGUACUUGCUCUGUAGCAGCAUUGCAUCACAAGUGUGCUAAGAUUUAAGCACAUGAAAUAUGUUUUUUUACAUUCAUAAGACACUAUUGACAUUGAUUUGACGGGUCAUGUGGGGUAAUGUGAAUGUUAGUGACCAGUAUGUUACCUUUUGGUGACCCUCAAUAUUUAUGAAUAUUGCAACAGGGAGGAAGGCUUCAUGUAUGGCAGCUUUUUUGACACAUUACUGUUGUUUUUCUUUAGUCAUCAAAAUCAUUUUCACCAUCAUAUGGAAUUAACGAAAGAGGUCAGGCAAUAUCAUUAAUGUAAAAUAUGAUACCUGUCCUUGUUAAUUUACUGAAUGUUCAUCAUGCUCCUUUUUCGAGAUGGGUUAGGAUUUAAACAGGUGUUUUACACUGCUAAACCCUGGGUGAACAAAUUUUUUAACCUGGGAUUAAGGCCACUUUUAACCCUAGGUUAAGCAACGUAAUUUUGAAACAAACUGUGGCAUGGCUUUUAAACUUGAAUUUAACCCUGGUCCCGAAAAGGUAUACAGUGUGAGUUAUUAACCCAGGGUAAAGUGUGAAACUUGGAAGAAGUAAACCCAGAAUUAAAAAUGACCCUGGGUUAACAAUUGCAAGUGUGAAGGUCAAAAGUAAACAGUCUUUUUAGGCGUGCCGUCAUCGACAGCUGUUCUCAAGGACAGAUUAGUAUUGAAGCAAAUUCAUUUUGUUGUCUAAUUUUAUUGCUGUUGCUAGGAUUGUUGGGGAUAGCAGGAAUGGUAUCACUUUACAUAUAUCAUAUUAUAACAUAGUAUUAUAAUUGUUGCAGUACCACAACCAACCUGCCAUUUACCCAAAAUUGUUAAAAGUGACAAAGAAGCUCUGUCAAUUAAUGCUAUGAAGGAUAUGAAGAAUUAAGUGAGCUGGUAUAAUUAUUGAAGUCUAUAGACAAACUGACUAUUGUAAAUCCCACAUCACAGUUUAUCACAGUCACCCCAAAGUGCCUUGAAUGUUUAGGCAAUGAUAUACAGUUUGAUUUCUUAUUAAUAUCAGAAGGGAAGGUGUUUGUCUUUCAUAGUCUGUGCUCUUCUCUAGGAUUGAAUACAUGAUGCAUGUUUGCUCGUAUGGAAAACCAUUAAAGUCAAAAUCUUUGGAAAUACUGAAACUAUUUGAAAAUGGAGCUCAUCACCCUUUCAGCUCAGACACUCUCUUUAUAAACCAUCAGAUGUGUCAUUGUCCUCUGCAUAAAAAACAAAACAACAAAAAAACAUUGUUCAUCAUUCAAAAGUGUCUGAAGUGUUUGGUGCUCAUUAUAUGUCCCAACCUUUUCUUAUUUCUUUUUUCUCUCUCUCUCUUAAAGAAUACAGCCCUUCCCUUAUGUUUGUUUUCCUUAGACACAGAUCACACCUUCACUGAAGGUAUUCUUUAGAGCUGUGUCCUAACUAAUACUGUUUUGUAAAUACUAUCACCUAUUUUAAUAUAAAUAUUUUACAAUUAACUAGUAUUGGAUUAUAAUGCUGUUGUUUUUAAUACCAGAUGACAAAAUAUAAUGUCUUUGUAAAAUAUAACUGAAGAAAAGGAUUAAUCUUUUAUAUUUGGCAUGCUUUUGCUAUUUAAAAUAGUCAACACAGUACUGUACAAGUAUAUGUAGAAGUACUGCAAUAUGCUGAUAGGAUUAAUGAAUCAAUUUCUUUAUAAAUGAGCAUACAGUAUUCUAUGCUGUACUUUCUGGGAUGACUUAAUACUUCUUCUUAUAGUAAUGCAAUUAGCUUAUUGUAAGGUGAUGCAGUUCAAGAAUGGCAGUACUGAUGUACAAGUUUAUUAAUAAUUGACCCUGAGAGGAUGGGUAUCUUUCAGAUCACAUGUAUUCCUGCAUGAGCACUAUAAAAGAGAGAGAAAAAUGUAUUUGUAGACAUCAAAUAAAGUGACUUACACAA